AUGGCGAUGUCUCUGCCAAAAGAUGGUAUUGAAGUUGAUGAAAUUAAACAGUACUAUGAUUGUAGAUAUUUAUCUCCAUGUGAAGCAGUUUGGAGGAUAUUUAAGUUUUUCAUCCAUGACCAAUGGCCGCCUGUUAACAAUCUCACAUUUCACUUACCCAAAAAGCAAUCGGUCAUAUUCUACAAUGAUCAGAAUAUUAAUGAUGUUUAUGACCGAUCCAAAGAGAAGAUAACUAUGUUCGUGGCUUGGAUGGAGGCUAAUGCAAAGUAUCCUACCGCAAAGGAUUUGACGUAUACUGACUUCCCUUCGCUGUUUGUUUUUUAUGAGAUUAAGUGUGAAUGGAGACCUCGAAAGAAAGGAUUUUCAAUUGGAAGAAUGAAUUUUGUUCCACCCGGAACUGGAGAGCUUUUUUACAUGAGAUUGUUGUUGAAUGUUCAACGAGGGUGCAGCAAUUUUGAUGAAUUGAGGACAGUGAAGAAUGUAUUGUAUGAUACCUUUAGAGAUGCAUGUGCUGCUGCGGGAUUGCUUAAUGACGACAAUGAAUUUAUUGAAAGCAUAAAGGAGACAUCUCUAUUGGGUUCUGGUCACUACCUUAGGGGGCUAUUUGUCAGAUUGUUGUUAUCUAACACCAUGGCAAAUCUAGUGGCGGUUUGGAACAAAACCUGGCUUCUUAUAGCUGACGGGAUACAAUAUGAUUUAAGGAGAUCUUUGAAUAACCCAGAUUUAAGGAUUGAUGAUCAAAGACUUCGCGAACUUUGCUUAAUGGAGAUUGAAAAGAUACUUUUAAUCAAUGGUAAAUCACUGAAGGAUUUUCAUGGAAUGCCUGUCGUUAAUGCCGAUCUCUUAGCUGAAUAUGGAAACGUCCUUCUCUUUAAUGAAUUAAACUUUGAUGUCAGUGAGAUGAGUCAACUGCAUUCUGAUUGCGUCAACAGACUAAAUUCAGGACAAUUUAACAUCUAUGAAGAAAUCAUGGCAGCUGUAAAUGGGCCUGAUGGUGGUUUUUUCUUUGUCUACGGUUAUGGAGGUACAGGGAAGACAUUUCUUUGGAAAACUUUGACCUAUAGACUUAGAUCUGAGAGGAAAAUUGUCUUAAACUUUGCUUCCAGUGGCAUUGCAUCUUUGCUUCUUCCAGGUGGUCGUACUGCUCAUUCACUCUUCUCUAUUCCGCUGAACCUGAAUGAGGAUUCAUGUUGUUGUAUACCAUAUGGUAGUCCCAAAGCAGAACUUCUUCAAGCUGCAAGUUUAAUCAUAUGGGAUGAGGCACCUAUGGUCAACAAAUAUGCAUUUGAGGCACUUGAUAGGACUCUCAGAGAUAUAAUGUCUGCCAAGGUUCCUAAUAGCAUGAAUAAACCAUUCGGUGGAAAAACUAUUGUUUUGGGCGGUGACUUUAGACAGAUACUGCCUGUAAUUCCAAAGAGUUCUCGUGCAGAGAUUGUCCUGUCAACAAUAAAUUCGUCCAGGUUAUGGAGUUGUUGUAAGGUACUUACCUUAUCAGAAAACAUGAGGUUGUUGUGCAAUUCUUCUGAACAGGAGGCUAAUGAAGUUCGCAUGUUUGCAAACUGGGUCCUUGAUCUUGGAGAUGGGAAAUUAGGUGAAUAUAAUGAUGGUGACUCAGAUAUUUCUAUUCCUGAUGAGUUUUUGAUCCCGCACUCAAACAGUCCUAUUAAUGAUAUUGUUGAUUAUGUUUACCCCGACAUUCUUCAGGAUGUUACUAAUGCUGAAUAUUAUAGUAAUAAAGCGAUACUUGCUCCAACAUUAGAGGCUGUUGAUUCAAUAAAUCAACACGUGUUGUCUACGUUUCUAGGAUUAUGCAAUGGUACUAGGCUCAUUGUGAAACAUGUUUGUCCAAAUGUUAUCGGUGCUAUCGUCAUCACUAGGACACACAUUGGAACAAAGGUUUUUAUCCCGAGGAUGAAUUUAAUUCCUACAGAUCCAACCAUGCCAAUCAAGUUCAUGCGAAGACAAUUUCCUCUUUGUCUUUCCUAUGCUAUGACUAUAAAUAAAAGCAAGGGUCAAAGCUUAUCUCAAGUGGGUGUAUAUUUACCUAGGCUUGUGUUUUCACAUGGGCAGUUGUAUGUUGCUGUGUCCAGAGUUACUUCAAGAGGUGGAUUGAAAAUCCUCAUAUGCAAUGAGGAGGAUGAAAAACCAAAUGUUACGAAGAAUAUCGUCUUUGCUGAAGUCUUUCAGAAGAUAAUAGUGUAA